CCCGUCGCUGGCAGGAGGCGGAAGCGCCGGGCUUGCAUUGCGUUUCGCGGUCCACGUGGGCGACCUCCGCGCGCCUCCCGAGUCGCCCCGAUGGGUAAAGCACGCCAGAGGCGCAACUGGAAGGCCCGCCUCCCGGAGAGCCGCGGCCAGCGGGGCCUGCCGUCCCAGGAGCCCGUGCAGCUGGAGCUGGGCGAUGAAGCCAUUACAAAAGGGGUGGAUGAGAGUAACCCCCUGGUCCUCCCAUCACAGAAAACCAAGGAUAAAAAAGUAACUUCUGAAAGGGGCCCAGAAAAGAAGCCACUGACCAAGAAGCAGAAGAAAAUCCUGCAGAAGGUUUUGGAACAGAAAGCAAAGAAGGAAAAGCGAGCGGAGUUGCUGAGAAAGCUGAGUGAAGUCCAGGCUUCCGAGGCCGAGAUGAAGAUGUUUUAUACCACGUCCAAAAUAGGGACAGGGGACCGGAUGUACCAGCCUAAAUGGACAAUCCAAGAAGUGAGUGCCUCCCAUCUGGAAAAAAUUAAAAGCGUUGGUGGUGCAAACAGAAAAAGACGCAGACCUGAACUGGAGGCAGAGUCUGAGGAGGAGGAGGCUGAGAUUUCCUUGGAGGAAGACGAGGAGGAAAAUGAGCCAGAAGAGCAGGCAGAAAAGGCAGCAGCCCCGGAGGAGCUGUCUGAGGAGCCAAAGAAAGCCAUUGCAUCUCCACCCAGCACACCAAAGCAACAUUUUCAUGCUCCCAAGCCAUUACUGGGGCCUACUGUUUUCAUCCCAGUGGACAGAUCCCCCGAGAUUCAGGAAGCCAGGCUGAAGCUCCCUAUCCUUGCCGAAGAACAAGUCAUCAUGGAAGCCAUCAAUGAGAACUCUGUUGUUAUCAUUUGUGGAGAAACUGGCAGUGGGAAGACCACACAAGUCCCUCAAUUUCUCUACGAAGCGGGAUAUGCCAGCCCUGGCGGCAUCAUCGGAAUCACAGAACCACGGCGUGUGGCUGCAAUUUCUAUGUCCCAGCGUGUUGCAACGGAGAUGAACUUAUCACAUAGCGUGAUUUCAUACCAAAUCCGUUAUGAAGGAAACGUGACAGAUGACACCAAAAUCAAAUUCAUGACUGAUGGUGUGUUGUUGAAGGAAAUCCAGAAGGAUUUCUUGUUGUCCAAGUACCGGGUCAUUAUUCUCGAUGAAGCCCAUGAAAGAAGCAUCUAUACGGAUAUCCUGAUUGGUCUUUUAUCACGCAUUGUGCCACUUAGAGCCAAGAAAGGGCAUCCGCUGAAGCUGAUCAUCAUGUCUGCCACACUGCGUGUGGAAGAUUUCACCACCAACACAAAACUGUUUGCCAGUCCUCCUCCUGUUAUACAGGUGGAUGCAAGGCAAUUUCCUGUAGCAGUUCAUUUUAACAAAAGAACCCCACUGGAUGAUUAUAAUGGAGAAUGUUUCCGGAAAGUCUGUAAAAUUCACCGAAUGUUGCCAUCGGGGGGCAUCCUGGUAUUCCUCACUGGCCAGGCUGAAGUACAUUCACUUUGUAGGAGGCUGAGGAAAUCGUUCCCUUUCCGCAAAAAUGCACCCCAAGGUGGUGAUGAAGACAAGGAGGAUUCGGUUGAAGAAAUACGAAGAUUUAAGAAAUCCAAACGGAAAAAGAAUGUGGUGCUGCCCAAAAUAGAUCUGGAUAACUAUUCCGUUAUGCCAGUAGAUGAAGGAGAUGAAGACAGAGAUGCAGGAGCUGACGAGGAUGCUGACGCUGCUUGCUCAGAUCUUGACCUAGAAUAUGGAGACGAUGGUUUGGAAGAAGGUGAGAACCCGGAUUCCUCCCUCCCACUUUAUGUUCUUCCACUUUACUCCUUGCUGGCACCAGAAAAGCAAGCCAAGGUUUUUAGGCCCCAUCCUCCUGGGACCAGGCUCUGUGUUGUAGCAACCAACGUGGCUGAAACAUCCCUGACCAUCCCGGGCAUCAAAUACGUGGUCGACUGUGGGAAGGUCAAGAAACGCUUCUACGACAAAGUCACCGGAGUCUCAUCUUUCAGAGUCACCUGGACGUCUCAGGCAUCUGCCAACCAGCGGGCCGGCCGAGCUGGGCGCACAGAGCCUGGCCACUGUUAUAGGCUGUACUCUUCGGCUGUCUUCAGUGACUUUGAGCAGUUCACUUCUCCUGAGAUUACCAGGCGACCUGUUGAAGAUUUAAUCCUGCAAAUGAAAGCACUAAACAUUGAAAAGGUGGUCAAUUUCCCCUUUCCUACACCCCCACCACUGGAAGCGCUAGUUGCUGCUGAGGAGCUGUUGAUAGCCCUUGGAGCCUUGCAGGAACCCUCCAAAUCUGGAAGGCUGAAAAAGUUGCAAGAAGCCAAGCUGACCUGCCCCAUCAGCCCCCUGGGGGCCACGAUGGCAGCCUUUCCUGUUGCUCCCCGUUACGCGAAGAUGCUGGCCUUGAGCAAACAGCAGGACUGCCUCCCGUAUGUCAUCACCUUAGUGUCAGCCCUGACGGUUCGGGAGCUCUUUGAAGAGUUUAACAGGCCUGCCACUAGCGAGGAAGAGCAAGAGACACUCAAGGGGAAAAGGGCGCGCGUGGUGCAGAUGCAACGGAUCUGGGCCGGACAAGGGCCCUCUCAGAAACUGGGAGACCUCAUGGUCAUGCUAGGAGCUGUGGGUGCCUGUGAGUAUGCUGGGUGCACGCCUAAGUUCUGUGAGGCAAAUGGCCUACGCUACAAAGCCAUGGUUGAAAUCAGGCGCUUGCGUGGGCAGCUGACGACUGCAGUGAAUUCAGUCUGCUCGGACGCCAGCUUCUUUGUCGAUCCCAGAAUGAAGCCCCCAUCAGAAACACAGGUGACUUUUUUGAGGCAGAUCGUCUUGGCAGGCCUGGGAGACCACGUUGCCCGGAAGAUCCAAGCUGAGGAGCUCCUAGACGAUAAGUGGAAAAAUGGUUACAAAACUCCUCUUCUGGACGAUCCAGUCUUCAUCCACCCCAAUUCCGUCCUCUUCAAGCAGCUCCCCGAGUUUGUGGUGUAUCAGGAGAUUGUUGAAACCACCAAAAUGUACAUGAAAGGUAUCUCAGCCAUUGAACCAGAAUGGAUCCCGCUCCUUUUGCCUCCAUACUGCCACUUCGAAAAACCUCUGGAAAGCCCUCCUCCUUUUUACUGCCCUGAAAUGGGUAGGGUUCGAUGCCACAGACCAAGUGUCUUCUAUCGGGUAGGCUGGCAGCUUCCUCCUAUAGAAGUGGAUUACCCAGAAGGCCUUGAGUGCUACAAAUAUUUCACUAAGUUCUUAUUGGAAGGGAAGGUUGUUAAAAAACUGGCUGCUUACAGUAGCUGCUUGUUGUCCAGUCCAGUGACAAUGCUGAAAACCUGGUCCAAGCUCCAACCAAGGACAGAGUCACUGCUGCAAGCUCUUGUCUCUGAAAAUGUGGAUAACAGGGAUGCUUUACUUGCUGCCUGGAAGAAGAACCCAAAAUAUUUGUUGUCAGAAUAUUGCCAGUGGAUCCCGGAAGUUACACACCAACAGGUAUCUAAAAUCUGGCCACCCUUGCCACCAUGAUCUUUCAUGCAAGCUCAUAUCAUCCACCCUGUCCUGGAACCAGCACCAGCUAUGAAAACACAAGGAAAAUCGAUGUCUGUAUUUGAAUGGAAAGAGAGGAUUCUUCAAGCAGGAUCAAUUUCCUCCUAAGGAGCACCCCACCCAUGAUCCAUGCAGGCCCACUGUAUUUUGGACUCCCACAUGCAAAGGAUUUGGGGGUUGGAGUUGGAUUGACUGUGAAGCUGUCAAGGCUGUGUGUGUUUGUAACAGGAAUUACCAACUUAUUUUGGCCCAUGGGCACAUUUGGAUUUUUAGAAGCAGUGCUACCCCCUCCGGUCACUUCUGCCCACCCCACCUGCUUAGCUCUUGUCAAGUUGCCUUUCCCUGUCCUUUCCCUAUCUCUAUCCCUUCAGGAAGCUAGUGAUUGGGGAUGGUGGGAAUCAGAUAUCCAGAUGUUUCUGGACUUGUAACUCCCAUCAUCCUUGACCAUAGCUUUCCAGUUUUCCCUUUUCUCGCGAGGAAGCCUAUUCAACAUAAGGGAAUUUCCCUUAAAAAAAGGGAACUACUUGACAGCAGGACCUGUCCUUGACUGCAGGUCACCCUGGCUGGGGUGGAUGGGAGUUGGGCAUCCAACAGCUUUAUACCAUAAACUUCCCUGUGAUCUUUGGAUGAAGGGGGGUAUAGAAAUUUAAUAUAUAGCAACCACCACCACCAUCCUGGGUAGCUCAUUUGGUUAGAUAAUGCCAAGGUUGCAGAUUUGAUCCCCAUGUGGGACAGAGGCAUAUUCCUGCAUUGCAAGGGGUUGGACUAGAUGAUCCUUAAGGUCCUUUCCAACUUUACAAUUCUAUGAUUCCACGACUCAUUUCUAGAAAACUGCUGAGCCACCAUUACUGUGCCUUAUUUCUGUUGAAGCCACAGUCAUGGGAGCUUCGUGUGUGUAUGUGUUGUUAAUUAUAUAUAUAUACUGUGUGUGUGUGUGUGUGUGUGUGUGUGUGUGUGUGUGUGUGUGUGUGUAUUGCCCUAUGUUUGUAAAAAAUACUAAUUGUGCAAUAGUGAUAUCAAUGUUUUUUUCUGGAGAAAGUCUGGCCUCAUUAUUGGUUUUUCUACUCCACUGUGUGUUUUGCCAUCUCUUGAGUCUGUCUCCUCUCUCUGCUUCCUGAUUCUCAGGGCAUCAGCCUUCUCCAACCUGGUGCCCUCCAGGUGUGGAUACACCUCCCAUCAGCCCCAGCCAGCACAGUCAAUGGUUAGGGGUUAUAGGAGUAAUAAUCCAAAACAUAUGGAGGGCACCAGGUUGGAGGACAAGGCUAGUUCAGGCUGUGAGUACUCAUGUAGCCAAAAUGGUACCACCCACAUCCAAUAAGAGAUGUUAUGGGUAGGUGUGGGCAGGAGAGAACCCUGUGUGAAGGGAUGAGGAACAAUCCUCAGACCAUCUCAGUGAGGAUUAAGCAUUCUUAGCUACAGAAAGCUGACUGACUGAAGAAUUGGAAUGGAAAAGCAGGUGGGGGGGGGUGGAAUGAAAUGUCUGAAAUACAGUCAUACCUUUAGUUACAUAUGCUUCAGGUUGCGUAUGACACGGGAUACGUAUGCGCCAAACCUGGAAGUAGCGGAACAGGUUACUUCUGGGUUCGGCGAUUUGUGGAUGCGCAGACGUGGUGAAUGAGUUCACGCACAUGUGCAGAAGCGCCAAAUGACACGGGAGCAUGCGCAGAUUCAGCGCUUCAGGGUAAGUACUGCUCUGGAUGCGUACGGGGCUCCAGAACGGAUCCCGUUCGUAUCCUGAGGUACCACUGUACUGAACUGCUUCUGCUCCAUGUUACAUUUUCUUGUAGGUUUCCCUAUUUGCUCCUCUUGUUUCUGAUUCUCAAGUCUGCAAGUGCUGUUCCUUACGUAGGCCAGAACAGCACACAAGAGGUAGCUGGAGCAGCCUGGAGAAAAGGAGGUGGCUCCCCUUCCCCAAAAAACAAUGUUCUUAAUUACCACAGAAUGCUGAGAGGUGAAAGUGGAAAAAUAGAGAAACGGCUGAGAGAGAGAGAUUGGGGUAUUGUGGAGGAGGUUGUGGCUGGCUAGGACACUGAACAGCAGCUUUUCACACAGUUAAACAAAAAGGCAGGACUACAAGCCUGUUUCACUAAAAGGCAGCUCCUUUCAAAUUAAAGGCGUAAAAUUGGGGCAGCAGCGAGAGGGGAGAAGUACUUACCUGGAUUUUAUACAUGCAUGUCCUGCUAUCUUAAUUCAAGGCAUUCUCGGGAAAUUGUUUGUUAGGCAAAUAUUCAUGAAAUGAUUCAACGAUUUCCAUCAGUUCCUAUGGGGAAAUUUCUAAUUUGUUCCUGACACUGGAGUUUUGACCCCCAAAUGAUGAAACUUCGGGGAAUUCUCUGAAACUUUGCAGAAGGCAAACAAGUAAAAAAUGCUCUUCUUUGUCUAAUCUCCCACCCUAACCUCUGGUGACAGGACUGCCAUGGACCAGCAAAACACAGGAAAGCAAGGCUUAUUUAAGGCUGCUUCUUUAAUAUCUGCAGGUUUGGGCACCAGACGUUACACUUGUACAUGCUGAAAGCCACUGGAACCACAUUGUGGUGGAAACUAUUUUAUAAAUGAAACACCAGAGUCAGGAGAAAAAGAAGCUGGCAAAUAUGUGGAAACGGGCUCUCCAGAUGCUGCAGGAGUACAGUUCCCAUCAUCCCUGACCGUAUGCCGUCCUGGCUGGGGCACCAGGAGAGUUAAAAAAUCCCAAUCACAGCGAAGACAAGUCUCUUACUCAUGCUUGGGGUUUUGUGAACUUUUAUGGUGCAACUGUUUGAAACCAUGUCUCCUCUUAAGUUUUCUGCUAAAUAUUUUGGGCAACCCCAGCAAGAGAAAGAACCCCUAGACAGUUAAUUCCAGUCAAAGGCAACCAAGGGGUGUGGUGCUCGUCUCGCUUUCAGGCCGAGGGAGCCGGCGUUUGUCCACAGACAGCUUUCCAGGUCGUGGCCAGCAGGACUAAACCACUUAUGGCACAACAGGAGAACGUGACAGAAACCAGAGCGCACGGAAACACCACUUACCUUCCCGUCACAGCAGCAACAAUCUACUUGUGCUGGUGUGCUUUCGAACUGCUAUAGGUUGGCAGGAGCUGGGACAGAGCAAUGGGCGAUCACCCUGUGGAGCGGAUUUGAACCACCAACCUUGUGAUUGACAAGCCCCAGAUCAACAAGCUGUGGUCUAAACCACUGAGCCACCCAUGUGUACUCUCUGUGCACCAUACCUUUAAAGCACAUAACUUUCCCAAAGAAUCCUGGGAACUGUAGUUUCUUGUGGGUGAUAAUAGCUCUGUGAGGUUUAAACUACAGUUCCCAUGAUGAUUCUUGUUCUUAAUUGAUCAAUUAAUUGACCUGCCCUACCCUCUGAGGUUCUAGGGCAAGUUAGAACAUGAAAACAUACACUUUAAAUGUAUGGUGUAUGUACAGUGUAUAUUCCACUAUGCAGGGGACAGAUGGUCUUGAAAGCAUCAAAGAAAAUACAUAUCAAUAUAUCAAUACUUUUUUAAAAAAAAUUAAGAUUGAGACCAAUAGUGUGGAAUUGUAUCUGCCCAGGUAGACCUUUGUGAUUCGGGUGGAAGAACCUGACCACUUUUCUGCAGCAUAUAAACAAUGAAGCAGUACUAUCCAAAGGUUCAUUUUUCUUUUACCGUACUCUUAAUAGUUGAGUAUGCUAUUGUUUAAUUUCUCUGACAGCCCCCCAGUCCCUGAAUCCUUUGGCACACCAUCAACCUUGAAAUGAAAAUGUAUGGUUCUCUUCAGGGUUGGGCAAUCUCCAACGGCUCCUGCUCCCAAUAAUUAAGAAAAUGAUUAAAUCAAAUGGAGCUCAGCUUAGCUUUGCUUUUUAGGGGGUGCCACAAGGUUCUGCCUUUUAAGACUGAUAAACCACCUCAUUGUGGCAGCACGCUGGGGAAAGAUGCAGGUGGCAUGCUGUCAGGAGCUGGACAGAGGAGGAGGAGGAGGAGUGGUGGAGACCACCUCCCCAUCCUGACCCUUCGAUGGAGGAGGAAGAGGAAGAUAGUAUGGAUUUACAACAGGGGUUUGCAGGAGGUCACAGCUCAGGCAGAUGAGGGAAAAACUUGGGAAAUGAUGGGAGGAGGAGGCAAAACUGGAGUGGCAGCUGGCUGACACGUUGUCACUAGAAAGCAUUUCAGACCCUCCAUCUCCCAGAACCUGGCAAGCCUUAAAAGCAGGAGAGCAAAGAGCUCAAAGGCAGAGGGCACAUACCGUAGCAGCACCCGUAGAGGAGGUGAAGAUGAAUGAGGAAGUGGGUGAGAAGGGGGAUGGAGAGUCACUCGAGGCGACGCCAUUAUCCAAGAGGCUGGGUUCUGUAGCCUCUCUGUAAAGUCUGAAAUAAAAAAGAACUGUAAGAAACUUUUCCUUGUCUUUAUACUUUUCUGGACAACCAGCCAGGAGUCGAUGACAGCACCUUGACACAUGCUAGGAUGUGGUCUGUGGCUUCCACAGAUAAAACUUGCACAAGCUGUAGAGAAAUAUGUGGCAAAGCUAAUAAAAAUAAAAAUACUUU